UCAUCAGUCUGCUUCAAACUCUCGAAGAGUUCAUUUCGUCUACGUAAAAGAAAAAAAGAAAUCAAAUCAACCGAAAAUGUCUGGCCGUGGAAAGGGAGGCAAAGUAAAGUCAAAGGCAAAGACACGCUCAAAUCGUGCUGGGCUCCAAUUCCCCGUGGGACGUAUCCACCGUCUCCUGCGCAAGGGAAACUACGCUGAGAGAGUGGGUGCUGGUGCUCCAGUUUACCUGGCUGCCGUCAUGGAGUACUUGGCUGCUGAAGUUCUCGAAUUGGCGGGAAAUGCUGCUCGUGACAACAAGAAGACCAGGAUCAUCCCGCGUCACCUUCAGCUAGCCAUCCGUAAUGACGAAGAGUUGAACAAAUUGCUCUCUGGCGUAACAAUUGCUCAGGGUGGUGUCCUUCCCAACAUCCAGGCAGUGCUCCUGCCCAAGAAGACCGAGAAGAAAGCCUAAACUUUCUCAGAAGAUCAUUUCAUCAUCCUCUGGAUUUCAUCAUUUCAAACAAAAAAAAACGCCCUUUUCAGG